CUGCCUUCACACUCCAUUUUAUUAAAAGACACGCAGGUUAGAUUUACAAGUACUUGUACAUAAGGUUACAUUAAUUGUGUUCGUAAGUUUCACGCAGUUUUCAAUAAUAAAAAGUAAAAAAUAAUUAAGUGCCGGGCAGUAAAAUAUAAAUAAAUAAAUCAAUCAUGAAUGACUUGGAAAAAUACUUCGACGUAAUGAAUUCAAUGAAAAAAGGAAAUACGCAAAAAGUAAUUGAUAUAGUAGAAGAAUUUGGUUUAUCAUUCUGCUCAUUGCUGGAUGAUGGGUAUAAACUACUUUCUGUUGCCGUUGAAAAAAAUCAAGUAGAAAUGGUGGCUAAUUUAUUGCACUACGAUGCAAAAGUUAACAGCGAUCGUGAUAUCAUGUCACUUCUUCAGAUAGCUGCCAUAAAUAAUAACACGACAAUUUUCAAAAUGCUCCUGGAACGCGGUGCUACAAUAAAUUAUAGUCAUAUUUAUAAUAAAAAAUCACCAAUUAAGUUAGCAAUUGAGCACAACAAUAUUGACAUUGUGAGACUUAUCGUUAAGCAUAAAAAUUUUGGAAAAAAAUAUGAUCCGUCACUACUGCAUAUGGCUGUCAAGAACAACAACUUGGAAAUGGUUCGAUUAUUAUUAGAAACUGGUGCGGAUGUAAAUGAGUAUGAUGAUAAUGAAUCAGCUCCAAUCCAUGAGGCAGUAGUUUACUGCACAAAUGAUAUUUUGCAAUUAUUAUUAGACUAUGGAGCAGACAUUAAUGCUAAAAAUAAAUAUGGAGACACUCCAGUUUCUUUGGUUUUAAUGCAUUCUUAUGACGAAACUCCUAUGAUGCAUUCUCAUAACAUAAUGAUGCAGACAUAAAUAGUCCCCAUAUCCGUAAAUAUAUUCUACGUACUUUUCAAGGCAUGCGUCUUCAUGCUAAUAGAGGUGUUGAAUACGGUACUUCGGAAAAUAGAAAAUGCAUUAUUAAGCAUAUUGUUAAAUUAAAAAGUCAAAACGCACCACUAUCUACAGACUAUGAUGAAUUAUUGUCUUCUCUUGUGGAACACCUGCCGUAUGAUAAUUAUAAAAAAAUGUGUGAGCAAGAAAUACAGAGAAUUAUUGUAGAAAAAAUACCAAAGUCGGGGAUUUCAUUUCAUAACAUUUUGAGCAAAAAUAGUAAUUUUUUAGCUGCGUAUGCGAAAAAUGAAAAUCAUCAGAGGUUCAUAUUUUCGGGUGAAGUUUUACGAGAAUUUCCGAUUUAUGGAUCGGCGAUAAAAAUUCGCUUUUUGAAAGGAUUAGCAAGGAAAAAUUUACUGGAAAAAAGUACUAAAAUUUUUAAAAAUCUUUUUCCCGUUGCGUCUAAAUUGUUGUCUUAUGGUGUCGAUAAUGUAUUUGAAUGUUUAGAUAAUGAUGAUUUAAAACAUUUUUUGCGAAAGUUCCAGUAAGAUAAUUAAUUUAAAACAUGUAUGUUGUAAUAAAUUUUAAUUAUUUACUUUUAA